CUUCAAUCUUCUCACACACAAAACCUCCCAAACAAGCCCAAUCUUGUACUCUCUUCACCAACAACAACCAAACACACCUUUAUCCCCAACUCAACCAUGAAUGAUACAGUAGACAAGCUAGUCAUCUUCCUAGCCAAGAGAGAUGGCAUUGACAAGCUUGUCAAGACUUUCCAAUACAUCUCCAAGCUCCUCCACUUUCGCCUCCAAUCCACUCACCGCGACAUUGCUACCCGAGCCAAGCAAUGGGAAGUGGCUUCCGGGCUCAGCCGCAAAGCCUUCCGUACAGGCCGCUUCCUCACUGGCUUCAACUCCCUCCGGCGUAGCCCCGGCUUGACUCCCGCUUUCCAGCUCCUAGCCAUCCUUUCCAAUGCAGGUGAGAUGGUUUACUUCUUCUUUGACCACUUUCUUUGGCUCUCAAGAAUUGGAGUCCUUGAUGCAAAGCUGGCUAUAAAAAUGAGCUUCAUUUCGGCAUUUGGUGAGGCUUUUGGGUACAUUUUCUUUAUUGUGUCUGAUUUUAUUGCCAUAAGAGAAGGGUUGGAGGCAGAGAGAAAGUUGAUUGGCGAGAAGGAAAAAUCGAAGGAAAGUGUUGGGAAAAUCAGAGGUGAGAGAGUGAUGAGGUUGAUGGCUGUGGCUGCUAAUGUUGCAGAUUUGGUUAUUGCAAUUGCAGAUGUUGAACCGAACCCAUUUUGUGGCCAUGCAGUCACACUUGGGAUAAGUGGUUUGGUGUCUGCUUGGGCUGGUUGGUAUAGGAAUUGGCCUUCAUGAAGAAGAAAGAGUAUUUUCAGAUGAGUAUUGAGUAAAGCUAUAUAUGAAAAUUCACAAGAAAAUUAAUGAUGUUGCUGUGUCUACCAAAAUAAGAAGUUGAUGGGUUUUGCUUUUAUUACUAAUGCAUAUAUGUAUAGACUAUAGACACUUUUUUAAUCAAAUCUGCCGGAAAAAUAACUUACACUCCGGGUUUUUUUGUGCACCAAAA